CGUACGCAGAACAAAAAUAUACAAAAACAAAAAACAAAAAUUACAGAAGAAGAAUGGGAAGUUUCGUUGAAAUUCUCUGUGCAGUUCUCAUACCUCCUGUUGGCGUAUUCAUGAGAUCUGGUUGCGGGUUGGAGUUUUGGCUCUGUUUGCUCCUAACGUUCUUGGGUUAUAUCCCUGGAAUGGUAUAUGCUAUUUGGGUUCUUACUAAAUAGGACAGCCAAGCAAAAACACUAAAUCCGUUUCUUUUCUUUUAGUUUCUUUC